AUGGAGGAAAAGGAAAAGGGAUAUGUUGGCCUGAAAUUAAGAGCUGGCUGAAUUGAAAGCCAAGAACUCGCGUGGAUUGAUCAGUUGAUGACCGCCAUCGAAAAUCUUGCUUUAUUAGUUCAAAUAAUCGCUAAAAGCUAUUCUAAGUGGUUUACAACUAUCACUGCUAGUGAAAUCAACAAAAUGUACAAUGGCAUUGGUCUAACAACAGCUCGGGGUUCUGGAACAAAUGGAUAUGUCAGUAGGAACCUGGCAUUUGUGCAUACAACAAAGGAUAAAGUCAAGUAUAAAACAGAAGAAGAGAUUCAAAGGUUGGAUUCCAUCUCACACAAAAAACCAAAUCUGGAGAUUUUGGAUCAUGAGCGGAAACGGAAAUUGGAGCUGAAGUGCCUUGAAUUAAGAGAAGAUUUAGAGGAACAAGGGAUAGACGAGGAUAUCAUUGAAUCGAAAUUAGCCGAGUUCCGCGCUUCACUGGUGCAGAAAGAUGCAGAAAACGGCAAAGAUACAACAACCUACGAAACAGAUGAAUAUGGCCGGAUAGUUGUCCGGGAAACUCAUCAGAUAGCUGCUGCACAAGAAGAAAAGAACCGUAGUCUUCGCCAAGCGUUUGGUAUUAGCGAAUACUUCAUCGAAGGUAGUAGUUUGGAUCCCAAUCGCAAAAUUCGCGAAACUGCUGCUAAACAAGCAGCUGAACAAAAAACCUAUACGAUCGUUCGAACGCCGAGUCCGGAGCCUCAGGAAGAAUCCCAGGUUCCCGAAGUUGUUUCUGUUGCUCCACCUAAGUCCAAAAAGAGCAAGAAAUCGAAGAGCAAAAAAAGUAAGAAGAAUAAGAAGAAAGUGGAUACAGAAUCAGAUGAUGAAGAAGAUCAAGAAGAACCUAAAGAGAAAACCAAAUCGCGAAAAUCUCUUGAUUCUUCUGAUACCAGAAAAUCCGAUUCCAAAUACAACGAUCGCCCUGUAAGUCGUACGGAAUCUUCUAAGCCAUCACGCCACCGUCAUGAUACUCCAAGUCCUCCUCGUCGGCGCGCAGGGGAAGAAUCACAAAAUCGCAAGCGUCGUGCAAGUUCAGAAAGAGAAGAAGAGAAUCCUAGCCGAGGUAGACGGGAUGAAGUUGAAAGAAAGAAAACAAGAGAAGAUUCCCAGCUUAAUGCCGACAAAAAAGAUAGUUCCAAUAAUAGGAGGGAAAGUCGUUAUGCCCGUUCUUCCUACAGAUCUCCGGAAAGAAGCAACCGAAAUGAUUCACGAAGUGAUCGAGACCGCCGCGAUAAUUACCAUCACUCCACACGUCGCGAAGAUAACAAUCGACCCGAUGUGUCUAAAAGCGGACACAGAGAAGUCGAAAGAAAACAAGACGAGAAAGAGAAUCGUGAAGUUCAAGGACACACACAGUCUAAGCAAUACGUUACAGAAGAUCGCGGUCGUCGUGAAUCUGAAAGGCCUUCCGACUUGGUAGCGAACAAGACAGUCGAUGAGCCGGUGCAGUUGACUGAGAAAGUUUCAAAUUCAAAAGCGGAAUCAGAACCACCCAUUGUGGAACAAAAAAAGAAAGAGAUGACCACCAGUCAACAAACAGAAAAAAUGAAAGCUGAUUUAGCCAAACUAGGAUCAUUCAUAGACCAAAUUGGGCGAUCGAAGAAGAAAAAGUCUCGACACGAUUCAAGUCGAUCUUCAUCUUCUUCCAGUUCGUCGUCAAGCUCUGAUUCGUCCGAUUCGGAUGAUACUUCUUCUUCUGACUCGGAUUCUUCUUCUUCGUCCUCGUCGUCAUCAUCAUCCUCUUAUUCGUCCUCAUCGUCGUCAACACCGUCAAAAACUUCUGCUCCUCGUUCCAAAGAUAAACGUUCACCAUCUCCUCCUCGUCGAUCAGGGUCGCCUAGCUGGAAGGACCGUAGGCGUAUCACCAGUGCCAGGAAAAAACCAGUUCCAUAUCAAAGGUGCGCACCUGCCUGGAGUACGUCUAGCUCAACAGAAAGCAUAGACUCUUCCUGGAGAAGCAAUUCUAGUUCAUCCAGUGGGCGUUUCCGCCGCUCUUCAAGUCGUAGUCGUUCGUUCUCGCGUUCAAUUAGCCGUUCUCGUUCACGCUCUAGCUCCGACUCACCGAGUCAAAGACAAGAGCAUUAUCGUUACAGAUCUCGUUCUUACUCCUCUAGCGAGAGUUCUUCUUUGUUCAGUGUAUCUUCUCGUUCGACCGUGUUCGACCGAUCUCCCAGCGUCCUCAGCUGUUAUUCUGUCAGCAGCACAUCUAGUCAUCAUUCGAGUACAAUCUACCGUCAGCGUUCAGUUCAAACAUAGUCCACCAUUCAAGUCAUGUUUCUCUCAACGGAGUCUGAAUCUCACACUGCUUACUUAAUAGUGUUGCUUUCGGUGGUCAACCAUGGAAACCAAAGUCUUUCCCACUUAUGUCAUGCAGACAGCUACCGGACUGUCUUGAUAUACCUUUUGUAUUAUUUCAUUAAAACCAAUGGAUCUUCUUCACAUAAAUUUUUAUAACGAAGUGUCGAGUUGUAUUCCAGGGUUGCUUAUAAAGCUUCCUGGAUGUUCAACGAUCACACUAUUGGAUAAUAUGUGUCUGUAGCGAGUUUACUCAGUCAUUGCAAGUUUGAAAACACUAGUAACAUAUUGGUUGUAUUGCAAUGUUUGAUGACUCUUUGCAAAAGUAAGUUUGUUGUUGCGUGCUGUAUAGUAUUUUUGUCUUCGUACAUUUUUGUUUCAAUGUAAUCUGUCUGGUUAUUGCGCUUCUGCAUGAAUCCUUUGAUCUUAUUGCAAUUUUAGUCCCCACAACUGAUGAUCUCUGAUUACUUUUCCAACUUUUACCAACAUUCCUGAUACUCUAUGCUUAGGCUUAUUCAAUUAUUUUGGAAAGCAAUGAACAUGCAAUACUCUAAUGAUCUUACCACCAUUUCUACACAUAGGCUGUAUUUCUAACUAUCUUAACAUUUAAAGUGAAAAUAUGCUAAUUUGGUUAUCGUUUGUGGCGUUCUGUUUGUGGCUUUAUAUGGUGUCAUUGCAUUUUAUAGAAGGCGAAUACAUUAAUUUAACAAUUUACGUAUCGGUACGUAUAACAAAGUGAUCAUUUCAAGUUAUUCCUUUAUUAUUUUAGGACUUAAAAGUGCUUCCUUUUCCUUGCUACUUUGCUAGCACUUCUUCCUCCUUUCUAGAGCUUACAUACGUAAAUCGCAAAAUCCUUGCGUUUAAAGAGAGAAAAGCAUGCUCAACAUCCAUAAUGAAGGGAAGGCAUGUCAGUUUUCGUAACAAGUUGAAAAGCUUCGGAAGGGACAUGGGGAGUUACGUGACAUUUAGGGACACAGAAAUUAUGAUGUAACUUCCUCAUGCUGAACUACAUAGCUUUGAUUUGUCUUCUAUAUAAUAGUCUCCGUCACUUGAACAGUCAAUUUAUUAAUGUUAGAGUUAACAAAGACGUAUAACACGUCUCGUCCAAACGUCUGCAUUUCAUUGCAGAACCUUACGGUUGCAGUCGUCAUCACGAAGAUUAACUGUCUUUCAUAGUGCCCAAAUGGUCGGUAGAAAUAAAUGGUUAUGACAUGAAUAUUCGUUUUAUUCCAAACACUUGUUGCAAUUGUUAUCGCGAAAUGUGUGCCCAAUCGGGGAUCGGAGCUUAGAGACAAAAGGAUGAAAACUUUAUUGAGGGAUUUUUCCCUAAACAUAGCCAAAUGCGACCAGUCAAAGCGUGAUUGGUCCAAAUUUUUCUACACACAACACUGACACGAGACCCCUAGUACAAGGUAGGGCGAGCAGAUUUCACUGUUCCACAGCCAUCUGAGGGAGUGUUAUUUGUUUGUGGAAUACCGCGUUAGGGUCUUACAUAGUUAAUUCUUUAUUUUAUAGCACAAAUUUGUCAGUACAGGACGUAUUUAUUAUCGUCAUGUCGGACCCUGGUGGAUUCGAUCCUUGUGAAUGCCUGUGGAAUCACGAACUGGCGAUGCAACGUUUGAUUUCCUUGCUCAGGUCAUCACAGUCAUACUGCACAGAUAAUGAAUGUAAUUCUGAUCUGCCUGGACUACAAGGACAGGCACAGAAUGAAACGAUGCCCUUUUUGUGUUUUGUUGGAUUGUACUUGCAUUGGCUUUGUUUUUCCUUCGACCAAGUUCAGCAAUGCGUCAGGGUGAUGCUAAACCAAGUGAUAACCAGGGACCUGGCCCGCAGCCUCCUAACCCACCUCCAGCUGUGAAUUAACUCUACAACGAAAAUACUGUAUACAUUAUAUUGGAAUCUUAUUCUUCAUUACAAAUGUGAAUGGCUGUAUUAUUUUUCAAAAGUUUCAUUCCAGUUUCUUGGGUAUAAUUUCUUUUUUUAAUCAUUUACAAAAUUAUUUUUCUCUGUUUUUCCCUUGAUUAUACAGUACAUUAUUUCAGUUGAA